AGCAGCAGGAACAGCUGGCUGAGCACCAGGGCUGCAUUAUUGUUUGUUAGUUUUGCUGUUUGGUUUUUAACAAAUUUCCUUCGUUUCCCUGAAAACUCUCUCUUAUAUAAACAAAUCAAGUGCAAAAUGCUCAAUCCAUAGCACAUUUCCUGCGGAACCAAGUUCAUCUGGGCUGCACCUGCGCAGGCGUGUGAAAUGCUCAUCACUUCCUCUGGGCCUUUUCAAUCGUAACUUUCGAACUCUUUCGGGGAUCGGGCUGAAAUGUUGGCUCCCCUGGGCUUCAGCUGUCCGCGAUGCUUGCUGCUGCGACGUGGCGCCGAGCGCUGGGCCUCCUUGGCCCGCCAAUUGUCGGCCAGCAGCUCCCAGGAUGAUGCCAGCAAGGAUGCGGCCGCCCAGGAAGCAGCGAGUGGCUGUGGUGCCAAUGACACAAAGACGGGCAAGGAGACAGCCAAAGCCAAAGAUAGAACCAGCAAGGGGAGAAAGCGACUCAGAAACAUUGAGAUACCACCCGAACCCACCACCUGCUGCAUGUCGGGAUGCGCCAACUGCGUUUGGCUGGACUACGCACAGACGCUGGCCAAGCUGCUGGGCGACAACGAUGAGGAGGCGCGCGAGAUUGUGCUGAGCAAGAUCACCGAUCCGAACCUGAAGAUGUUCCUCAGCCUGGAGCUGCGCCAGAUGGCGCGGCAGCGGGAGGAGAAGGCGGCGGCGGAGAAGGCAGCGAAGCAGGGAAAGCCAAAGACACCGCCCUCACCGUAGUACAAGUCCCUACUCCCUCCCCUUGUCUAAAUAUACAAAUAUCUAGUUAGGACCAAAUUCGUAGUAGCUCAAAUUUACUCUUGUACUUAGUGUGUAAGAACUGAGAAACCUCACAAUAAACAUGUAAGACGCUAAA